AUGGAUAGCAACAUUGUAACAGGAACAUACACUUUCCUUAUCAUUUGGUUUGUGUCUUGUAUUUUAUUUUGCAUUUUUUUCGCAAGAAAUGGAAAGAUAGCAUUGAAGGACAUGUUCAAACUAAUCAUUACGCUGGUUUCUAUAGCCGUCUUUUGCUUGUGGAUAUUCUGGCUAUGUGUUUAUAUUUCACAACUAAACCCGAUGAUAUUCCCUCAGCGGAAGAUCCUUCAUGACUAA